CAUGUUAUUCAAGCCGUAUAUGUCGAAAGCAGUGUUACAGACAAGCUUUUCUCAACAGCAACGUAUCAUGACCAAUGCUCAAUAUAAUAAAAACAUUUGUCAAGAUCAUGACGCACUACUUCAUAGUAUUCCUAGUCUAUAUGAUUCUUAUUCACGAUGCUUAGUAUGCAAACAGCCAUAUUCAUACACAUUUACGCUAUCACUUCGAGCAAGACGUGGUUCAACUUGUAUUGGAUGCGCAAGACUACUAGGACCAUAUAAACAUGAUCUUGAGACUAGAGAAAUGAUUAUUGAGAUGUUGUCAGUAGUCCCUCAAAACUAUAAUGUUCAAAAAACAGCUGAAGUUGCAGAGACAAUUGAUAAGCAAGAGGCUUCUGUUCGAUUAAAAGAGACUUUCGAACAGUUAGAAGAACCAAUGCAGCCCAUGUUUGAACAUAGUUAUAGAGGCUAUGAGGAUCUUGCUGCUCGUUCGCGUCGAACAAUGAAAGUUCGUCUUAGAAAAACUGGGAGACAUGGAUACAUCCCAAGCAGAGAAGAGCUCAUUCAAUUGAUGAAAGCCUCACAAGGAAGAUGUGCGGUUAGUGGAAUUAAAGGCCAUUGGGGGCUUCAGAGGCCUAGUUUUUUC